AAAAAGCCCUUUUUUAGUUAUAGCCCAUGGGAAGAACCCACGGGUUCUAAAAAUACAAAUAACAAGAACAUUAUUCCCGCCGGGAUGGGGCUUGACUCCAACGGCACCAUUCGCAGCCAAGAUGGCAAGCGCCACCAAGAAGCGCGUGUCGUACUUCUACCAUCCCGAGGAAGGCCACUUCUACUAUGGCCCGGGCCACCCCAUGAAGCCGCACCGCAUGAAAUUGGCACACCACCUGGUGGUCAACUACGACCUGUACCGAAAGAUGGACAUCUUCGAGCCGCACAUCGCGUCGGCCGAGGAGAUCAAAGCCUUCCACGCACCCGACUACAUUGAUUUCCUGCAGAAAAUCAGUCCCAGUAACCAGAAGGAUCUGACCUCCGAGCUGCAAAAGUACAACUUGGGCGACCUGACCGACUGCCCUGUGUUCGACGGCAUCUUCGACUUCUGUCAGAUUUACUCGGGAGGAACGUUAGACGCUGUGAGCCGUUUGAACCACGGACAGUGCGAUAUUGCUAUCAAUUGGGCGGGAGGGCUGCAUCAUGCCAAAAAAUCGGAGGGAUCGGGUUUCUGCUACGUGAACGACAUCGUGCUGGGCAUCCUGGAGCUGCUGAAGUAUCAUCCACGCGUGCUGUAUAUUGAUAUUGACGUCCACCAUGGAGACGGCGUGGAGGAAGCCUUCUACGUCACAGACCGAGUCAUGACGGUGUCGUUCCACAAGUAUGGAGACUUUUUCCCGGGCACAGGAGACAUCAAGGAUAUUGGGACCAAGAAUGGUAAAUACUACGCUGUUAACUUCCCCUUGCUGAGCGGCAUGAACGAUGAGAGCUACGAGAGCGUGUUUAAACCGGUAAUCCAGAAGGUUAUGGAGACGUUCUGCCCGUCAGCUGUGGUACUACAGUGUGGUGCAGAUUCGCUCACGGGUGACCGACUGGGCUGCUUCAACGUCACUACGAGAGGUCACGGUGAGUGCGUGAAAUUUGUGAAAAGUUUCGGUCUGCCAAUGCUCGUGCUGGGAGGAGGCGGCUACACAAUCCGUAAUGUAUCGCGAGCAUGGGCCUACGAGACGUCAAUUCUGCUGGACGAAGAAGUGUCCAACAACAUUCCGUACAAUGACUACUUUGAGUUCUACGCACCGAAUUUCAAGCUUCAUCUGGAACCAGAUCCGGACCUAGAAAACGCCAAUUCCAAGGAGUAUCUGGACGAGUGCAAGCAUAAAAUCUUUGAGAACCUCCGAGCGUUAACCGGAGCUCCGAGCGUUCAGAUGAAUCAAGCGCCUCCUACACACAUGCUGCGUGAGGAGGAUGAAGAUGCGGCGGACCCCGACUCGCGAACCGAUAACGACGGAAAGCGGCAGCACGAGGCUGAAUUCUAUAGAGACGACAAGGAUCAGCGAGGAAACGCGGACGACGGAGCAGAUGCCAGUGCCAGUACAGCAAACGGUUCUGUUCAGGAUGAAGGAAAGGACAACACGGCGCCGGAUGUCAUCCCAAUGGAUGUGGACUAGACAGCAUGACCAGUGGGAACUUCAGCGACCUCGCUUGUUUUUUUCUUCUGUUUUAUAAGAUGAUAACGAUGGACCGAAGAACACUUCAAGUAGAUUUUUGCUGCUGUUUCUUUAUUUCGGUGGCUGCUGCUGGAGUUUGCGUUGCUUAUCACGCUCAGCCUUCUCGAUCUCAAAGCGUUUGAGAUCCAGUCGCUGCAAGAACUCCUGCUUCUCAAUGUACCCAUCUUUAGUGUAGUGUGUGAGUUCGUCUUCGAUGCCUUCCUUCUCCUUGAAUUUGUCCCAGUCAAGCGACG